AUGAAGUUGUUACACUUUUCGGGUUAUGUACAGACAGAGUCGUCCUUAAAGCUUUUGAGGGCACAAUAUGGCAACACGGACAGCAAACAAAGUUCCAGGUUUUUAGAACCCGAGGAAUAUACAAUUCCUUCGCUCAGAGCUGAUUAUGACUCUUGCGAUUCCUUUGACCAAGUACGAGAUGUGUAUUUGCCAAUCUCUUGUGCUGCUUUGAAUGUGAAGUUGGGGCCAAGGUCCUGGGAUGACAACGGCCGCCCGAAGGUGAGCUUCGUGGUCUACGCGCUGGACAACCUGAGCAUCAUGCUAGACGAAUGCGAUUGGAUGCUGCAGAGGUUGUUUCAGAGAUCCAGGAUCAACUCCGAGUGGAGAAACGUUGUGGUCAGAGCAUGGAACCCCCCCGCUGUCAGGUUGAGCAUUGCAAAUGCAGCAGACAAGCAAACGAUAGUGUGCAAGAGGACAGAUUCUGGGGAAACAAGAAGGCUCGUCUUCGAAGAGAGCAAGCUCGAGACGCUCCUCCCUUCAAGCACCAAGUUGGAUGCCUGCUUCUUCUUGGAAACCUACGACUAUCGAGGGUCCGCCGGCAUUAGAUUGGUGGUUCAUAACUUGAUCAUCCAUCCCUAGUCCUGGAAGCAAAGGCUACUCACUUAUACAGUGUCGUGUGCCCAGAAAAGGAUUAUCAGUUCACCGCCAACUGAUGUCGGAAAUCCCCGACGGCCUAAGCAUAUGUCUCCUAUUGUUGCUCUGGAAAGAUGUUGAUGAAGUGUGAUGCAAUGAGGGUGUGUUAGGUACUUCUGUCAUAUUCAUACAAGUGAAGCUGCUGACAACAUUGUUAAGACCUUGCAAAAAAUUUAUUUGUUGAGAUGUUUCCCUCUAUACUUGACUCUUGUUAUUAUUUCCAGGAAUUACUUUCUAUGACAGCAG